CGUAUAUUUGCCAUUUCGCUCGAAGCAAGGUUCACAUCGAUGUCGUCCUCAGAGCUAAUAACUACAGAAGUAGAAUCCGAAAAUCACCUUUCUUCUCUCAUCUACGAGAUAUCAAAUGAAGUCCAAGAGAUCAUGGAGAACAUGCUUAAGACGAUCACUGAAAUCAAUCAUAAUUCUGCAGUUAUAGAGGAGGAGAUAGAGAAGUGCAAAGGUUCUGCUCUUGAGAGGAAAAGAGCCUUAAACGAAGAUAGAGAUAACUUUCAAAAAGCUGCUUAUGCUGUUCUUGACAUCCUCAACAGAGAGUAAAGCGCUCUAGGUAUCGUUCUACAUUUUUCAGUUUUAUACAUUGUAUUCCCAUAUAUCUUGUUUGAUUAAGUAGAUUGCCGCCUGAAACGGAUACGU